CCUGAGCCAAGACGGUUGGUCGUCUGCCGCGCCGCGCCGCUGUCUCGCUGUUUGUUUUGGUUAUGUCCGUGUGCGCGAGUGAACUGUUCCAACGGUGUCUGUUAUGUGGUAGGUAGUGUUGUGUGACUUAGGCCUUGGGUCGAUGUUCGCGACCAAACAACGCAACAGUAUCAAUCUCAAGAGGGGGAUGAUGCACAGGGACAAAAUGAAGCCGAAGUACGCCUUGGAGGAUUACAUAUACGACGUGGAGUCCAGGAGUUUGGAGCCUUCGGCGGACCCUGAGGAUGUGUAUGCUCAACUCCAACAGAAGGAGAAGGACCUCAUCCUCGCUGCAGAGCUAGGCAAGGCGCUCCUGGAGAAGAACGAGGAGUUGAGCCGCCAGAACGAGAGACUCGCUGAGGAAUACUCGCAGAAACUAGAGGUCAUAGAGCAGGACCGUCACCUACUACGGCGUAAGCUUGUGUCCAGCCAAGCCGAAUAUGACACCCGCAUCAUCGAGCUACAAGCGGACAUCCGCGAGCUGCAACGCUCACUGGAGAAGACGGAACAUGAUCUCAAGGCAACGGAGAAGGAAAAGACACUCUUUAUCUCUGAGCUGACCGAGCAAAACCAAAGACUGACCACACAAAUCAAAGAGUCAAGCAAGACAGAAGAACAGCUGACUCUACAACUACAGGGUCUGAGAGAUCAAUGGAAUAUGAGGAAGUCUAGUCUGCAGGAUCACCAGUCAAGCUUAGAAGUACUUAAGGAUGAGAUCUACCUAAUGUCAGAAAAGAAAGGAGAGUUGGAAAGGCGGCUUCAGAAUGUUGUUUCUCAGAGAGAUUCGUUGAGUUCCGCCCUGGACGAGGCAACAGAUAGGAUAAUGAUGUUGGAGAAAACUACCAGAGAACAAGAACUAGAGCUACUGGCCAAUCAGAGAGAGUUAGAGGAGUUGCGUAGUGAGAACAGUCCGGAGAGAGACAGGUUGACAUUGCUACAUAGUCACAACACGUCUCUAGGCAACCGAAGUCUACACAGUGAGAUGGAAUGUGACGACAGUAUAGUACCUCUGGGAGACGACCAUCAUCAGCUGAAGCUAGAAAUUGUGAGCGUCUACGAUCGAGUGAGAUCUGCCUGUCAAGACUUAAAACAUCGAAUACAUCGGACAGACAUCCCCAUGAAGCCUGACAUCACUGUACAUCAAGUCAAAGUUGGACUGUUGACAAGUGUGGUGCAAGAACUGUGUGACCUGGUAGGGGAACUGAACACUGGAGAUUACAACAAUAGCAGUGUUAGUGUUACGGACCUUGAGGUGGAACUCCAUCGGGCUCAGGAGGCUGUUGACAAAAUGACCAAAGAUAUUGAAGCAAAGAAAGAAGAAAUCAAGAAACAAGGAGAAGCCAUCAUGGACCUUACUGGAAAAUUGAGCGUUAAGGAGGUUGAGCUGUCAGGUGCGCAAGAGGCACUCGACCUAGCACGAGCGGAUCUGCACGACGCUGGCGCACUGGCCAAGGAUGAGAUGGUGCAGAAGGCAUUCGAGGUGCGCGACGGCGCAGUGCAGCGCAAGAACGCCACGCUGCUGCAACUGGCCCACACUCGUAUUGAGCUGAUGCAAGCCAACAGUCAGCUGAUGGAGGCUAUUCAGCAGAAGGUGGAGUUGAGUCAGCAACUGGAUCAGUGGCAGAUGGACAUGCAAUCCUUGUUGGACGAACAAAUGAGGAGAAAACUAGCCAAUCCUGAACCUGAACAGUCGUCCAGUGGUCAAAGCACUCCAGCAUCUGCCGAGCGUAAGCGAACGUCUCGUCGUCUGUUUGGAUUGUUCCAAAGGUGACCUGCUUAACCUGUGUUUGUAAUUAAAAAACUCAACUUUGUACAUUUGUAAAAAAAAAACAUGCUCUAAGCAUAACCGGUUACAAAAUCUCGUAGAGUAACGUAGGAUAAGAUUUUAAUAUUCAUUGCUACAAUGUCAAUGUUUUACUCAUUUUAUUUAUAAAUUUUAUUGCCAAGCAAUAGUAUUAGUCGUUUUUAAGAUUUUUUAUCGAGUCAGUAUUUUUAUACUUUUUUAAUAGUCCUGGAGUAUAUUUUAGCCUCACAUGCAAUAGAAGGAAGUCAGGUAAACAUAAACAUUUUUUAGUGAGAUUUAGUUAUUUCGAUUGUGUUUCGAUUUGUGUCAUUGUAACAGUAACAUAUUUAUGUAUUUAUUUAAGUGUAAUUUGAUUUGUUAUUUGUGUUUAAAAAAUGUAAACACUCAACAAAUAUUAACGUUACUAUCAUUCCAUAAAUUGUAUUGUUGUUUCUACUUGUGCCUUGGGUCUCUGUGAUGAUGUUUGUGAGUCAGACUUGAGGAGAAAACAUUGUAGUGUGUAAUUUAAAAUUGCCAACUUACACUUAUUGUUAUUACUGAACACAUCCUUUUAACGGUUGAAAAACUAUUCAAAGAAAUCUUAUAAAAGAUUUAUAUGCUUGGUAAGAAAUUAAAUAUCAAAAACUUCAAUCUACACACAAAAAGAGAGUUAAAUGAGGGUUAAAUAAUAAGUUAACAUGUAAAAUCUAGGACACUUUUUAACUACAGGGUUUUGUAUAUUCAAGUAAGUUUGCUAAUAUUAAAUACUAAUUUGAAAACAUCAGCUUUAAUUAUUUUAUUGUAAAAUUAUUAAAUACACUAUCAUUAACUUAAGAUUCCUGUGAUAUGUGACCAGUUUAGAUAACAAAUGUUCAGGGUAAGGAUUAAUAGAACAUCUUACUAUCUCUGCAAAUCGUUGAUUUAAAAUUUGUUUAGCCUAAUAUUUAAUUUUCCAUUCGUUUUUUUUUUCACCAGAAUAAUUGUAAGUAGAAUUGUAACUAACACCAUUUUGUGAUAGAAAUAUUUCUCUAAACUUUGUUAAGCAUUGAAAACUAUAACUUGUUGAUUGAUUGUAAUUUUAUUAGAAAAAUAUAUUUUCUAGAACUAUACAUAUUAGCGCACAUUAUCGCUGCAAUUUACAGUAAAUAUAAUGAAAGAGCUGUGCUUGUAUAUAAUUAUUGUAGUUACGUUGUAAAUAACAGCAUUAAAACUGAAUAUAUAUUGUUA